AUGUCGUCGGAUUCGCGCUCGUCGCCGGAGUCGGUGUCGCCCGUCAACAACAACCACUCGCGGGUGGACUCCCGCGGUGAGGGUGGCGGGUCGCCACUCAUCUUCGACCCGCGGGUCAUCAUGGGCGGCCUCAACAGACCGAUGAUUUCGGCGGAGACGGGCGGCAUGGGACCGCCGUCGUCGAAGCAUCAGAUGUCGCCGGGGCUGGUGUGCGUCGUCUGCGGAGACACGUCGAGCGGCAAGCACUACGGCAUCCUGGCCUGCAACGGCUGCAGCGGCUUCUUCAAACGCAGCGUCAGAAGAAAACUCAUCUAUAGAUGCCGCCCAGGAACCGGAAUUGCGUAGUCGACAAGGCUCACGCGGAACCAGUGCCAGGCCUGGCAGACUGCGCAAGUGUCUCAGAUGGGGAUGAACAAAGACGCUGUGCAGAACGAACGCCAACCGCGCAAUACGGCUCAGGUGAGACUCGAGCACCUGCAAAUGGACGCCGUUGACGGAGAACGCCGCCUGAGGGAGCCAUCGUCGUCGACGGUCUCUGCGCACGACACGCUCGUGAGUCCCAGCACCAAUCACCGCUUCAUGGUAUCGCUGAUGACAGCCGAAAGUUACGCCAAGCUAGACCCCCACGACGACGAGCAUCACGUGGACGUGGCAGGCAUGGACAGCGACGCAGUUCAGCCUCACGCCGCUCCGGAAGCGGCGCUCUACCCGACCGGACAUGAGAACGUGUAUGAGUCAUCGGCUCGUCUGUUGUUCAUGGCUAUCCGCUGGGCAAAGAACCUCCCGUCGUUCUCCAGCCUGCCGUUCAGGGAUCAGCGUGACUUGUCCAAAUCAAGACCGAUCACUUCACAUUCUGCAGGCUCUGUGCAGAACGAACGCCAACCGCGCAAUACGGCUCAGGUGAGACUCGAGCACCUGCAAAUGGACGCCGUUGACGGAGAACGCCGCCUGAGGGAGCCAUCGUCGUCGACGGUCUCUGCGCACGACACGCUCGUGAGUCCCAGCACCAAUCACCGCUUCAUGGUAUCGCUGAUGACAGCCGAAAGUUACGCCAAGCUAGACCCCCACGACGACGAGCAUCACGUGGACGUGGCAGGCAUGGACAGCGACGCAGUUCAGCCUCACGCCGCUCCGGAAGCGGCGCUCUACCCGACCGGACAUGAGAACGUGUAUGAGUCAUCGGCUCGUCUGUUGUUCAUGGCUAUCCGCUGGGCAAAGAACCUCCCGUCGUUCUCCAGCCUGCCGUUCAGGGAUCAGGUGAUUCUGCUGGAAGAAGCGUGGAGUGAACUGUUUGUCCUGUGUGCUGUACAGUGGUCUAUGCCGAUGGAGUCUUCGUCGCUUUUCUCUGCCUCUGAGCAUGCACAGAAUGCACCGGCAGUCGUUCGUUUACAGGCAAGCGCGCUAUCCGAUCUACGAAUACUGCAAGACAUUACGGCCAGAUUUAAGACAUUCAGCGUGGAUCCAGCGGAAUUCGCUUGUCUUAAGGCAGUUGUUCUUUUCAAACCAGACACGCGAGGAUUGCGGGACCCACAGCAAGUCGAGAAUCUACAAGAUCAAGCACAGGUUAUGCUCGGCCAGCACACACGGACCCACCACCCAACACAUCCCGCCAGGUUCGGUCGGCUGUUACUGGUGCUGCCCGCUUUACGGAGUGUGGCCCCGGAUCGCAUAGAACGCAUGUUCUUCGGUAGAACGAUAGGCAACACGCCGAUGGAGAAGCUACUGUGUGACAUGUUUAAAGCCAAUUGACGUGUUGGAAUGUUAUUUACAUGUAAACGUGAGUAGGUUGCAUGUUGUUUUCACAACUGUUGUUCGAAAUAUAUCACGUUCUAAAAAACCACAUAUCUACUUGGACGUAACCCUAAAGCAUAUUGAUAAAUAGCACGUGUCCGCUAUUCUACUAUUUAUUUUCUCGUGAAAAAUUUACAUUUUUUGCUUUUUGAGAAGGCAUGAACACGUAACGAUGUUUUACAUUACCGAUGUUUAUGGUUUCUUUCCGAUGUUUCUCUGUGUUGUUUUAACUAUGUCUAAUAUAUUUAAAGAGGUUUACCCACGGUAAAUUGACAUUCAAUAUAAAAAUCUAAAAUUGGGGCCCCAUCAGAAUUCACUCGCUGUUUCAUCUACGCGAGUCGAAAUGACAUCACACCGGGCGUCAAAAGCUUUCAUGGAUUAAAUAAUGCAUGGACAGCGAUAAAUGAAGUGCUAGCCAUCGCAAUCUUCUUAUCGGGGCUCCAUCUUAGAAUCUUCUUCACUUUUAUUUUGUACUUCUGACGAUAAUAUCGCAGCUGCCUAUUUGUAAGCUGUUGAUGCGCAUUUUUGUGAGGUAUUGAUCGUGUUUAGGAAAUAAGCGGCAGGUUUUUUUAAUAACAACAUUUAACAGUUUAGACAACGCGGUUGUACAGUACUAACUAAUUCUGUGCGCGAUGUACGCGCUUUGUAUAUACGCGCAAACGCGUUGUGCAUAUACGCCGUACACGCGUAAACGCCCCGCACACAAGCUGUGCGCGCAGCGUGCACGUGUCGUACACGCGCCGUACACGCUCCGUGCACUCGUUCUACACGCACCUUACACGCGCCGUACACGGACUGCGCACGCGUCGUACAUGCACGCACCGUCCCCGUAACA